AGCAAUGAUUCAGCAUAGACCUGCUCUUGUUAAAGUAAUUUUAAUUUCGGGCGUAGCCUUCAGCGUUGCCCUGAUAUGUGGGAUGGCAGUAUCCGGUAUGAUAUAUCAGCUGGCACAGGCUGAGGAAAGACAGCGGCUUGAGUCACUUUAUAAGAACAUCAAGAUACCAUUAUUAGGAGGCAACGAAGAGGGCUCAGAGAAUGAGGAUGAGUCGAGGCACCUACUUCCAGAGAAUGAAAAGGAGCUGGAGAAGUUCAUCCACUCAGUUAUUAGAUCAAAAAGCAGGAAAAAUAUUAAGAAGAAACUGAGUGAAGAGCGAAACUGAGAAAUAGGAAAAAACAAAAAAACAAAAAACAAAGAAUGGGACACAUAAUGGACAGUAGAUGACUUGUGAAUGCAGAUGCCAGAGGUGCUAGCUGAGGCAGCGGAGGAAGAACUUAGCAUAGUGGGAGACUGAGCACGUGGCAGGGCUUGCUCCCAGAGAGUCUUGUAGAAGAGGACAUCAAUGAAAGAAGCACCAGUUGUGUAUCCCAGAAAAUAAAGCCAGAUGAUAUAGCAA